UUUCUUAUUAUUCUUUUCUUCAGUUUCUUGUUUUUUCUUUUUUCUUUCCGUUCUUUGUUUUUUAUUCUUUUCGUUUCUCACAAUCAGUUCCAGUUUUCAGUCACUGGAGAUAAACACCUCUCAUUUUCAUAUUUUGAUUAUUCACUUUAUAUGUUUGUUUUCAAUUUAGUGGGUUUUCCUUGGAGGUUUGGUUUUUUUAUAAACCCUCUUUUGGGGGAACCCUUUUGGAGAACCAUCUUUGGUAUUUGGUUUUUCGGUGUUAGAUAUUACGGUUCGCUCCCUUCAGAAAAGUCCCUGGGGUUCUUUACAUUUACCAAUUUCACUCUAAUUUGCAAAAAAUCAUUUCUUUGUCUAAAAAAAUUCUUUGCUCUAUCCAUUAAUUAA